UAAUCUUACUGAAUAAAGUAUAUUAUAUAGCGUUGCCGCGUUGCUGAUCUUAACUAUUUAUGUACUUUAUGGCAAUAUAGUUUGACAAAUAUUUUCAUUUUGUCAUUUUUUGUGGUAUAUAAUGGAAAACAAAAUAGAAUAAUUUAAUAUUUACAUGUCGUUGAAUCUAAAAAUGGAUGUUGUUAAAAGGAAAAGAAAUUUACGGAAAAGGAAAGAGCAGAUAAGCAAUAAAAGUGAAGUAGAGAGUAGAAAUGAAUCCAGGUCAAGUAUUAAGUGGAGUAAUAGGGAUAAAAGAAUAUUAUUAGAAGCUCUUAAGAAAUAUGGAUCUGAAAAUAUCACAGCUAUAUCAAAUACAUUACUACACAUACCUCCUGAGGCAAUUAAAUCAAAGAUUGCAGAAUAUUCAGGGAUGGCAGAAGAAUUACAAGAAAAUGAACUGUUAAACAAUUGGUUGAAUUGUGGUUCAUACAAACCUGGCGAUAGUCUCAUACCAGAAGCACUAUUAUUUAUACAAUUAUUUGAAAAUCACCCAUCACCAUCUGAAGUAGAAGGCUAUGAUUUUAAAGCAAUUUAUAAGUUUCUUUAUCACUCGUGUCUUGAGCAAACAUCAUUUUUUGAUCUAUCACGAAAAGAUAGGAAUAUGCUUUGUUCUUCUUUAUCAAAAGUUGAAAACAAAUCGUGGCCAAAAUGUCAGAAAGAACUUUGGGAAUAUGUUGGAAGAGCUUACAAUAGAAUAAACAUAAAGAAAGUAUAUCCAGGGAAAAAUGUACAUUCGUGGUAAAAUUAUAAUAUUAGUUAGUAUAUAUUUAUGUACAACAAUACUGUUUAAUAAGUUUUUACUGUAAUAAAUGUACAUAUCUAUGUAACAUGUUCCUAAAACAGCCAAAUUUUAUCAGUAUAUGCUACCAAUUCUUUUAAAAUCUGUAUUAGUGAAUUCCAAGAUUUGAACAAACUUGAACAUGUAGAACAUGAAGUGGUACAUAUUAAUUUUAAUGAAAUUUAGAGAAAAUGUAUUAUUAUUUUUACGUUUUCUUGCUAAAGGACAAGAAUAAAGUAAGGUUGGUAAAGUUUGACCAUAUAUUUUGGGAACAAUCUGUAUAUAAGUCUGUAAUAAAUUUGUUAACCAAUAUAAGGAAAAGCUGAUAACACAAUACGAACAGUUAUGAAUUUUUAAUAGUAAAGUAAAUUGAAAUUAUUCUACAAGGCACAGAUCUGUUUCUGUUAAAAAUAUUUUAUAUUAAAGAUUAAUUCUCACGAAUAUAUACAAGAUAUACUACAGAUAUUGAUACCUGUACCAAACGUUUACAUUAACACGUUCAUACGUUCUCAUACAAGGGGAUUUUGCAUUGUUCUAACUCCAUUAUAAUUGAUUUCCCUCAUUCAGAACACGUAGUUUAUAGAACUUGAUUGGAAUAUGAAACUAAAUGAAAUUAUGUUCGCUAAUGCUUAUUAAUACAUUUGAUACUUUGUGUGUUAUUUCGUUAUCAAUCAUAAUUAUAGUC